AUGAGUGCAUUUACAUUUAGUUUUAGUUUUGGGGCAAACACUAAUAAUAGCGCUGAUAGUCAUGCAAGUUAAACCUAAAAGAACGAUAGCUAUCAAAGUGUUUCACUUUAAUAGCAAAAGCCUUAAUAGAAAGCUUCAAUCUUUCAAAAUGAUAAUCAAGAUUUAAAUGAGGAAGAUGAAUAUGCAAACCUUCAAAAUAAUAAUUAAAAGAAUCAAAAAGUCAGAACAGGGUAUGCUAAUGUUACUAAGUCAAGUGAGUAAAUUGGUAGAAACACCUCAAAUAUGGCAGUAAAGUAGCAUAAAAAGCAUUAGGUUGUAGAUGCAUAUUUUUCAAGUAAAAUUGAGGAAUUAGAGAAGACAGAAAAAGAAAAAGAGAUGCAAAAAAUGUUUGAUAAUGAAUAGGUAGUCAGCAGAGUUCUCCAGUCUUUGAGCUCGAGUAAAGAGCAAGAAUAAUAAAUGAUUGAAAACUACAGCAUAAAAUGCAAAGAGUAUGAUAAUUUGGUGCAUAUGAUGAAUUAAGCUAAAAAGAAGGUCAAAGUUUGCUAUGCCUGCAAUCGAAUGUUUGCAAGUGCCGAACAUCUUCGCAGACACGAAAAGGAAUCUUAAAUGCAUAAGGAUAAUGAAGAGAAAUUGAAAAUAGCUCAAAAUAUAUUGCUCUUGUGA